UCUCUCCGGCAGGCUCCACAAUGGUCCAGGCAGCGUCGCGCGGCACGAUGGUUGCACGGCGGUGAGCGGCCAGUGAAUCCGCAGCGCGCUCCCGGCGUCGAGCCACCGGUUUGCUUUGAUCGUCGUUGGUCUCUGCUCGUUCUCAACCGCCGUUUUUCCAUGUAGCCCGACGGAUCUUUUUAAAAAAAUUUUUAAAAAUCUGGAACAAGACGAGUCACCGGACUAGGCUGCUCGACUGGCACGGAAUGGUAUUGAUGAGCAGACAUUUCUUGUACAAUUGCAGUGCGCCAAUCCUGGAUGUGAAGAUUGCUUUUUGUCAGGGGUUUGGGAAGCAAGUUGAUGUGUCUUACAUCGCCAAACAUUACAUCAUGAGUAAGAGCAAAGUGGACAACCAGUUCUACAGCGUGGAGGUAGGAGACUCCACCUUCACUGUCCUGAAGCGCUACCAGAACCUCAAGCCCAUCGGUUCUGGAGCUCAGGGAAUAGUGUGUGCGGGAUAUGAUGCCGUCCUGGACAGAAACGUGGCCAUUAAAAAGCUCAGCAGGCCAUUCCAGAACCAGACACAUGCAAAGCGGGCCUACAGGGAACUGGUGCUCAUGAAAUGCGUCAAUCACAAAAACAUCAUCAGCUUAUUAAAUGUUUUCACGCCACAGAAAUCUUUAGAGGAAUUCCAGGAUGUGUAUCUGGUGAUGGAGCUGAUGGAUGCCAACCUCUGCCAGGUCAUUCAGAUGGAGUUGGAUCAUGAGAGGAUGUCCUACCUGCUGUAUCAGAUGCUCUGUGGCAUCAAACACUUACACUCUGCUGGCAUCAUCCACAGGGACUUGAAACCUAGCAAUAUCGUGGUGAAAUCGGACUGCACGCUGAAGAUCCUGGAUUUUGGGCUGGCCAGGACUGCUGGUACCAGCUUCAUGAUGACGCCGUAUGUGGUGACGCGGUACUACCGCGCCCCAGAGGUCAUUCUGGGAAUGGGAUACAAGGAGAACGUGGACAUAUGGUCGGUCGGUUGCAUUAUGGGGGAGAUGGUGCGUCACAAAAUUUUGUUCCCCGGCCGCGACUAUAUCGAUCAGUGGAAUAAGGUGAUUGAGCAACUAGGUACCCCGUCUCCAGAGUUCAUGAAGAAACUCCAGCCCACAGUGAGGAACUACGUGGAGAACCGACCCAAAUAUGCUGGACUCACGUUCCCCAAGCUUUUCCCUGACUGCCUGUUUCCAGCAGACUCUGAGCACAACAAACUCAAAGCUAGCCAGGCCAGAGACCUGCUAUCCAAGAUGCUGAUUAUUGACCCAGCCAAGCGGAUAUCAGUGGAUGAGGCCCUACAGCACCCCUACAUCAACGUGUGGUACGACCCGUCUGAGGUGGAGGCACCUCCUCCACAGAUCUAUGACAAGCAGCUGGAUGAGAGAGAACACUCCAUUGAUGAAUGGAAAGAGCUGAUCUAUAAAGAGGUGAUGAACUUCGAGGAGAGGACGAAGAACGGAGUGGUGAAGGGACAGCCCUCUCCUUCAGGUGCAGCCGUGAACAGCAGCGAGAGCCUCCCCCCAUCCUCCUCUGUCAACGACAUCUCUUCUAUGUCCACCGACCAGACCCUGGCCUCCGACACGGACAGCAGCCUGGAGACCUCGGCCGGGACCCUGGGCUGCUGCAGGUGACUAGCGGCCUGCCUGCGUAACCCUGUGUUCUUCAGAAGGUGAUCAGACCCCGCCAACGGAAAACUCAAACGCGAAUACAAGUCCAAUACUCUGCGAAAAAAAAAAGUGAAAUAUAAAAUAUUGUAAUGCUUAAUAAAUAUAUAAAUA